AUGUCUUCCGAAAUCAGUGUGGCGAAGAAUCUGGACGAAGUCGAGAAGAGCUCGCAGCUUGAGACCUAUGACAACAAGCUUGGGCUAGAGUCACUCGAUACUUCUGACGGUGAUGCUGCUCUUCAGCUCGUCGGCGCGCAAGCAACGAUGCACUUCAGUGAGGAGUACAACCGAAAGCUUAGGCGCAAGCUGGAUCUUGUCAUCCCCACCAUUUCAGCGGCUGUCUACUUCAGUCAAUAUUUGGACAAGACCUCACUGAAUUAUGCGAGGCGAGUGUUGUUUCGCAGCGAUGUUGGUAUCAUGGGCCUCCCGAUCAACUACAACUUGGUAUCCAUGGCCUUCUACCUGGGUUACCUCUUUUGGGAGUUUCCAACCGUCUAUAUCUCGCAGAAACUUAGAUUAGCCAAGUAUCUAGGCGGCAAUAUUGUUGUAUGGGGAAUAAUCCUCAUGCUACAUGCCUCAACAUCCAACUUCGGAGCCUUCUUUGCUCUCAGGUUCCUUUUGGGAAUGUGCGAGUCUUGUGUCACGCCGUGUCUCAUUCUCAUUAUUUCAAUGUUUUACAAGAAGGAUGAACAGGCUCAACGUAUUUCAUGGUUCUACAUCAUGAAUGGGCUAACCCAGGUGUUCGGUGGUUUCAUAGCAUAUGGUAUCUCGUUUUAUAACGGCAAUGCUUUACCGCCCUACAAGAUCAUUUAUAUACUCCUUGGUGCUCUUGCGAUCAUUGUUGGCAUAGUCGUCUUGAUCUGGCUACCAGAUUCCCCAGUCAAUGCUUCCAUGCUGACGAAGGAGGAGCGGAUUGCUGCUCUUGAACGUGUUCGGGACGAUCAAGGAGGUACGGAGAACAAGAAAUUCAAGAAGGACCAGGUCAUCGAAGCUCUCACGGACCCUCGCACAUGGCUUGUUGUUUUGUCAACGAUAUUGACGAGUAUUCCUAACGGAGCUUUGAGUAACUUCAGUAACAUAAUCGUAAAAAGCUUCGGAUAUACAUCAAAACAAACCCUGAUUCUUUCCACUCCUGGCGGAGUUGUUGGUUCCGCAAUGGUGAUUUUCUGUGGAUGGUAUUCUGAUAAGAAGAACGAGAGAAUGAUCCCCAUCGUGUUUGCAUUGGUUCCCACCAUUGUCGGCGCAGCCAUCCUUAUUGGCAUGAAUGGAUCCUCUAACAAAGGCGUUUUGCUCUUUGCGGUAUAUAUCAUCGGUACCUUUGGCAGCGCUCUCUCCACGAUCUACGCAUACAACGCAAGCAACACCAGUGGCCAUACCAAGAAGGUGACGAUUAAUGCAAUGACAAUGGCCACCUUCAGCAUUGGCAAUAUUAUCGGGACUGAGAUAUUCCAGCCUAAAGAUGCGCCAGCCUAUAUUCCAGGAAAGACCGCGAUCAUGGUCUUGUUGAUCGUGCAACUAUUCAUCUCGUAUUUACUACGCUGGAUCAAUAUUCGCUUGAACAGGAAGCGAAAAGCCCAGCUGACGGAAUUAAAGGAGCGCCAGGGUUGGACUGAUGAGGAUGUACAACACGAGAGGGAGCGUCAUGCAUUUGCUGACCUCACUGAUAGACAGAACAUUUUCUUCGUAUACACAUGUUAA